AUGUCCGUCCAAGUAAAAACCGGCCACACCACAAAUUCGACCCCCGUGAAGGAUGCCCAAUCAUCGAGCCCUCUCAAAAAGCGAAAACGCGACCCCGAAGGCAUCGAGAUCUCCAAAAAGAAGAAGCCGCGGACUGAGGAUGUCGCGGAACAUCCAGCAAGUGCAGUUGCUGAGAUAGAACCUCCUGCGGAGCGGAAGGAGAAGAAAAAGAAGAAGAAGGGGGAGAAGGAGAAGAGCAAGAAAUCCAAGAACGAGGGCGAUGCCGCUGCACGGAGGGUAGGAGAUGAAGAGGAAGCGUUGGUGGCGCGGGAAUUGGGAUCAGAAGAUGAGGAAGCGGUUCAGGAAGACUUGCAGCAGACUGCAGAGGCAGAACCAGCCGUCGUGGAUGGUUCAGAUGCAGAGGUCGAGGAAGAAGCAGAACUCAAGCUGCUGGAAUCAGAAGAUCCCAGCUCCUUCUACUCUACCCGCCUCUCACUCUAUCUCUCGAUACCUGCCGUCUCACUCGAAGCUGCCAAGUCGUCGGUGCUUGCAGUGCACCUGGCACCUCUGCUUCUGACAUACUUUCCUCCUGCGCAAGGCAUCGUUCUCGGCUUCUCCGACGCCGUCUUAUCCGCCCAACCUAACUCCGGCAUCAACCUGCCUCUCCUACCUCCCCAAAACGGCGAGAUCGAGGCACAAUCCGAUGUCCUUGCAAACACAGCCGACGAAUUUGGUGUGUGUUGGGUCUGGCUCACCGCUACCUUUCUCGUAUUUAGACCCGAAAGAGGCGACGAGCUAUACGGAUGGACGAAUGUCACGUCGGAGGGUUUCGUGGGCCUGGUGAGCUACAACUACUUUCAGACGGCCAUUGGCAAGAGCCGUAUCCCUCCGGAAUGGAAAUGGAACGGGCCGAGCAGAGAACAGCUACAGAAGGCCAAGAAGAAGGGCAGAAAGGGCCGACUACGCGAUGAGGACGGCUUGGAAAAUGAGGAACACAACACACAGGAAACUGCCACCACGGUGGUGGUGGAUUCAUCUUCACAUGCUCUACUGGCAGAUGAUGGCGGGUACUUUGCAGACGCCAGUGGGACGAAGAUCAAGUCGACGCUGAAAUUCCGCGUGGCGGACACAGAAAUAGUUCCGGCGCAUGACAGGCACAAGUGGUCCUUGCAGAUUGACGGCACCCUCCUCGAUGAAGAAGCUGAGCGGAAAGUCCUGGAGGAAGAACGGACAAAGUUUGAGCGGGCGCAGGAGAGCAGUCGAUUCAAGUCACUGGGAGGAGACGACGCGGCCGCAGUGAUGAGUGGAGCGUUGAGGCGAUCGCUGAGCCGGGAAGGAAGUGUUGGCUCGAGGAUUUCCGGACACACGCCGGCGCGGCAUCGAGUGACUUAUUAG